AUGCUGGCAGGGGGCCCGCCGGCGCGAGGUGGGCCGAGGCCCCGAGGAGGACAAGGCAAGUACCCAUGCCGCUGCCCUUGCCUCGUUUUCGCCUCUUUGGGCCUCCCGGGAGGCCUUCGCCCCGAAAUCCUGGUCGGAACGCGCCCUGGGAGACUGAGAGGUUCGGAGAGGGGUUCGAGGAUCAGCGGUGUCCUUCCCUUCUUGUCUGUCGCUCCAGAGGCGGUGGCCCUCUUCGAGAGGUCCCUCGACGCCGGCUCGCCGGGCGGCUACUCCGCGGCGGCGGUGGCGCUCGGGCGCGCGGGACGCUGGCGGGAUGCGCUGCAGCUGCUCGGCAGCCUUCGGGGGCGAGCGCUCGCGCCGGGGCUGGCGGCGCUGACCUCCGCCGCGGCCGCCUGCGAGCGGGCGGCCGCCUGGUCCGGCGCCCUGGCGCUGCUGGCCGCCGCGGCAGCGGCGCGGCUGCGGCCGGACGUGAUGCUCUUCAGCGUGGCGCUCAGCGCGAUGGAGAAGGCGGCGCGCUGGCCGCUGGCGCUGGCGCUUCUCGGGUCCAUGGCCAGCGGCCGCACGGCGCCGAACGUUGUCAGCUUCACGGCCGCCAUCGGCGCCUGCGGCCGAAGUGGCGAGUGGCCUCGGACGCUGGUGCUGCUGGCGCAGAUGCUCAGCAGCGGCCUGCGCCCGGACGCGGUCUGCUGCGCCGCGGCCGCGGCGGCGUGCGAGCGAGGCGCGCAGUGGAGCAGGGCACUUGACCUGGUGCUUGAGAUGCAGGCGGCGUGCCUGUGCCCUGGCGUGGUGGGCUUCAGCGUGGCCAUCUCCGCGUGCGAGAAGGGCGGUCUCUGGCGCGGCGCCGUCGCGCUCCUGGCGCAGAUGCGCCGCCGCCGGCUGGCGCCCAACGCGCUCAGCUGCAACGCGGCGCUGGCCGCCUGCGAGCGGGCCGCGCGCUGGGCGUCGGCCCUGCUUCGGUAG